GCCACCCCGCCGUCUUUACCCGACAUGGUGUCCUAUCACCACCUCAUCAGCGGUGCCGCGGCACAGGGCAAGGAGCAAGAAGCGGCUGAGUGGUUUGGUGAGCUGAAGCGGGCGCGCCUGACACCCGACGCCGUCAUCUUCACUGACGUGAUUCACGGCUUUGCAAGAAGCUCUGCUCAUGGAGCUGCAAACGAUUGGCUGCAUCGCAUGGCGCGAGAACGAGUGCAUCCCACCGUUGCCACCUACAACGCUCUCAUCUCUGCUUCUGCUAGGCACGGGGACGUGAGACUUGCAGA